AUGCCGAGACUUCUCCACGGAUCGCAAAGAGCAGGAGAGAAGCAUGAAGAUGAGAAACUGACAAAGUCUGUGCCGAAGACAGCUAGCGAUUUGGCAGCGCAGUCCCUCGCAAAUCUGUGGCGGCGGCUGUUUCAGAGUUACGUUCACUUCACCCAGCCGGGAUGCUUGCCUUUUGUCGCCGAUAUCGCAACACACAGCGACGGGGUAGGCAGCGUCGCCGACUCGGACUCUGCGCUUGAAGCAUUGUGGGCCGCCGGUUUUGCUGCAUCCUCAACGCCGGAUGCUCUCAUUGUACACAUCUUUCUCGCGAACAAAUACUUUGAU